UGAGGCAGUGGUGUGUGCCGGGCGAGGCGUCCGGCCUCGCCUGGAAUGUGAAUCAGAAUUUGGACUAGAACCUUUCCUGAGGAUGCUGAAGCAAUACUUUCUUUGGACUGUGAGUUUCUUCUAAAGUGGAACUAAGAAGAGGACUAAUAAAUACAUUGAAUUCUAAAAAAAGCCAUGGCCCAUGGGUUGGUGAUGUUCAAAGAUGUGGCUAUAGAUGUCUCUCAGGAGGAAUGGGAAUGCCUGAACCCUACGCAGAGGAGUUUGUACAAAGAUGUGAUGUUGGAGAACUAUAGCAACUUGGUUUCACUGGGACUUUCUAUUUCUAAGCCGGCUGUGAUCUCUUCAUUAGAGCAAGGGAAGGAGCCCUGGAUGGUUGUGAGGGAAGUGACAGGAGAACAGUGCCCAGACUUGGUGUCCAGGUGUGAGGCCAAGAAGUUAUCUCCAAAAGACAUUUAUGAGACAGAGUCAUCCCAAAGGGCUAUCAUGGAAGACUUUAAAAGUCAUAAUCCUGAGAAAUCCAUUUUCAGAGAUAUUUGGGAAUGCAAUACUCAGUUUGAAAGACAACAGGAACAAGAGGGCUAUUUCAGGCAAUUUGUUAUCAACCAUGAACAUAUGCCUAUAUUUAACCAACAUUCUUUACUAACUCAGGAAUUUUAUAAUAGAGAGAAAAUCUUUGGAUGUAAAGAAUGUAGAAAAAACUUCAGUUACCAUUUAUUUUUUAGUGAUCACAGAAGAGCUCAUUCUAAAGAAAAACUGUCUGAAUGUAAGGAAUGUGGGAGAGCUUUUAUUCAUUGUUCACAACUUAAGCAACACCUGAGAAUCCAUAAUGGCGAAAAACGCUAUGAAUGUAAAGAAUGUGGGAAGGCCUUUAAUUAUGGCUCAGAACUUAUUCUGCAUCAGAGAAUUCACACUGGUGAAAAACCUUAUGAAUGUAAAGAAUGUGGGAAGGCCUUUAGGCAGCGAUCACAGCUUACUCAACAUCAGAGACUUCAUACUGGUGAAAAACCUUAUGAAUGUAAGCAAUGUGGGAAGGCUUUUAUUCGUGGCUUUCAACUUACUGAACAUCUACGACUCCAUACUGGUGAGAAACCCUAUGAAUGUAAAGAAUGUGGAAAGACUUUUAGGCAUCGCUCACACCUUACCAUACAUCAGAGAAUUCAUACUGGUGAGAAACCCUAUCAAUGUAGAGAAUGUGGAAAGGCCUUUAGCUAUCACUCAAGCUUCUCUCAUCAUCAGAAAAUUCAUUCUGGCAAAAAACCUUAUGAAUGUAGUGAAUGUGGGAAGGCAUUUUGUGAUGGCUUACAACUUACCCUGCAUCAGAGGAUUCAUACCGGUGAGAAACCCUAUGAGUGCAAGGAAUGUGGGAAGACUUUUAGACAGUGCUCACACCUCAAAAGACAUCAGAGAAUUCAUACUGGUGAGAAACCUCAUGAAUGUAUGAUAUGUGGUAAGGCCUUUAGACUUCAUUCACACCUUAUUCAACAUCAGAGAAUACAUACUGGUGAGAAGCCCUAUGAAUGUAAGGAAUGUGGAAAGACCUUUAGCUAUCAUUCAAGCUUUUCACACCAUCAGAGAAUUCAUUCUGGGAAGAAACCUUAUGACUGUGGAAAGGUUUUUAAUCAUGGCUUGCAAUUUAAUAUACAUCAGACACUUCAUACUGGUGAGAAAGCCUAUGAAUGCACUUUCUGUGGGAAAUCCUUUAGAGUGCAUGCACAACUUGCUCGACACCAGAAAAUCCAUACUGAUGAGAAACCUUACAAAUGUAUGGAAUGUGGCAAGGACUUUAGAUUCCAUUCACAGCUAACUGAACAUCAGAGAAUUCAUACUGGUGAGAAACCGUACAAAUGUAUACAAUGUGAGAAGGUCUUUAGAAUUAGUUCACAGCUUAUUGAACAUCAGCGAAUUCAUACAGGUGAGAAACCUUAUGCAUGUAAAGAAUGUGGAAAAACGUUUGGGGUAUGUAGAGAACUGGCUCGACAUCAGAGAAUUCAUACUGGAAAGAAACCCUAUGAAUGCAAGGCAUGUGGAAAAGUCUUUAGAAACAGUUCAUCCCUGACUAGACAUCAGAGAAUUCAUACUGGUGAGAAACCCUAUAAAUGUAAGGAAUGUGGGAAAGCUUUUGGAGUAGGUAGUGAACUUACUCGACAUCAGAGAAUUCACAGUGGUCAGAAACCUUAUGAAUGUAAAGAGUGUGGAAAGUUCUUUAGACUUACGUCAGCACUUAUUCAACAUCAGAGGAUUCACAGUGGUGAGAAACCUUAUGAAUGUAAGGUAUGUGGGAAGGCUUUUAGACAUAGUUCAGCCCUUACUGAACAUCAGAGAAUUCACACUGGAGAGAAACCUUAUGAAUGCAAAGCAUGUGGGAAAGCCUUUAGACAUAGUUCAUCCUUUACAAAACAUCAGAGAAUUCAUACUGGUAAGAAACCCUAUGAAUGUGAGGAAUGCGGGAAUGCCUUUAGUGUGGGUAAGCACCUUACGUGAUAUCAAAAAAAUUAUACUGGUAAGAAGUCUUUUGAAUGAAAGACAUGUACAAAAGUUUGGUUAAAAGGCUCAAAUCUCCUUCAGCAUGAUCAAAUUCAUACUAGAGAGAAACCUCAUGAAUGUAAUGAAUGUGGAAAAACCUUCAGCCUGAAGGAAAACCUCAUAGAGCAUAAGAAAAUGCAUACUGGAGAAAAAUCACAUGAAUGUACUGAAUGUGGUAAAGUAUUCUCUCGAGUCUCAUCCCUUACUCUACAUUUGAGAAGUCAUAGAGGAAAGAAACCAUAUAAAUGUAAUAAAUGUGGAAAAGCCUUCAGUCAGAAGAGAAACUUCCUUUCUCAUCAGAAACAUCAUACGGGAGAGAAACUCUACGAGUGUGGGAAAGCUUCUAUUCAGAUGUCAAGCCUCAUUAAACACCAGAGAAAUCAUACUGGAAACAAGCCCUAUGCAUGUAAGGAAUGUGGAAAAACCUUCAAUGGCAAAUCAUAUCUCACUGAGCAUGAGAAAAUCCAUACAGGAGAGAAACCAUUCGAAUGUAAUCAAUGUGGAAGAGCCUUCAGCCAGAAGCAGUACCUCAUUAAACAUCAGAAUAUCCACAGUGGAAAGAAACCCUUUAAAUGUAAUGAAUGUGGAAAAGCCUUUAGCCAGAAAGAAAACCUGAUUAUCCAUCAAAGAAUACAUACUGGAGAGAAACCUUAUGAAUGCAAGGGGUGUGGGAAAGCUUUCAUUCAGAAGUCCAGCCUCAUUAGACACCAGAGAAGUCAUACAGGAGAGAAACCCUAUAUAUGUAAAGAAUGUGGGAAAGCCUUCAGUGGCAAAUCAAAUCUCACUGAGCACGAGAAAAUUCAUAUUGGAGAGAAACCCUAUAAAUGUAAUGAAUGUGGAACAAUCUUCAGGCAGAAGCAAUACCUCAUUAAACAUCACAAUAUUCAUACAGGAGAGAAACCCUAUGAAUGUAAUAAAUGUGGAAAAGCCUUCUCUCGAAUCACAUCACUUAUUGUACAUGUGAGAAUUCAUACAGGGGAUAAACCUUAUGAAUGUAAAAUAUGUGGGAAAGCCUUCUGUCAAAGCUCAUCUCUUACUGUUCAUAUGAGAAGCCAUACGGGUGAAAAGCCCUAUGGUUGUAAUGAAUGUGGAAAAGCCUUCUCUCAGUUCUCAACUCUUGCUCUACAUAUGAGAAUCCAUACUGGAGAAAAACCUUAUCAGUGUAGUGAAUGUGGGAAAGCUUUUAGCCAGAAACAUGACUCACAGCUUACUACACAUCAAAUAAUUCAUACCAUUGAGAAGCCCUAUGAAUGUAAGGAAUGUGGAAAAGCCUUUAGACAUCCCUCAAGACUCAGUCAUCAUCAAAAAAUUCAUACUGGCAAGAAACCCUUUGAAUGUAAAGAAUGUGGGAAAACAUUUAUUUGUGGUUCAGACCUUACUCGACAUCACAGAAUUCACACUGGUGAGAAACCCUACGAAUGUAAGGAAUGUGGAAAGGCCUUUAGUAGUGGCUCAAACUUCACUCGACAUCAGAGGAUUCACACUGGUGAAAAGCCCUAUGAAUGUAAAGAAUGUGGGAAGGCCUUUAGUAGUGGCUCAAACUUUACUCAACAUCAAAGAAUUCAUACAGGGGAGAAACCCUAUGAAUGUAAGGAAUGUGGCAAUGCCUUUAGUCAGAGCUCACAACUUAUCAAACAUCAGAGAAUUCAUACAGGUGAGAAGCCCUAUGAAUGUAAGGAAUGUGAAAAGGCUUUUCGUUCUGGUUCAGAUCUUACUAGACAUCAGAGAAUUCAUACUGGUGAGAAGCCCUAUGAGUGUAAGAUAUGUGGGAAAGCCUAUUCUCAGAGUUCACAACUUAUUAGUCAUCAUAGAAUUCAUACUGGUGAGAAACCCUACGAAUAUAGAGAAUGUGGGAAGACAUUUAAUUAUGGCUCACAACUUAUUCAGCAUCAAAAUUUACAUGAGGACAUCUAUCCCUAUCGUGCAAAGCAGUGUGUGUCCUCUUAUCAAAAACGUACAUCUCUAACUCCACAUCAGAGAAUUCAUUUUGUGGAGAAACCCUAUGAAUGCAAAGAAUGUGGAAAGGCCUUUAGAGUACGCCAACAGCUUACUUUUCAUCACAGAAUUCAUACUGGUGAAAAACCCUAUGAAUGUAAGGAGUGUGGAAUGGCCUUUAGACAGACUGCACACCUUACUCGACAUCAGAGACUUCAUUCUGGUGAAAAACUCUAUGAAUGUAAAGAAUGUGGAGAAUCUUUUAUAUGUGGCCCAGACCUUAGAGUACAUCAGAAAAUUCAUAUUGGCGAAAAGCCCUAUGAAUGUAAAGAAUGCGGGAAAGCCUUCAGAGUGCGAGGACAACUUACUCUCCAUCAGAGGAUUCAUACUGGUGAGAAACCCUAUGUAUGUACAGAAUGUGGAAAGGCCUUUAGACAGUAUGCACAUCUCACUCGACAUCAGAAGCUUAAUAUUGCUGACAAACUCUAUGAAUGUAAAGAAUGUGGGAAGGCCUUUUUGUGUGGCUCUGGCCUUAGAGUACAUCACAAACUUCAUACUGGUGAGAAACCCUAUGAAUGUAAGGAAUGUGGGAAAGCUUUCAGAGUGAGACAGCAACUAACACUGCACCAGAGAAUUCAUACUGGUGAGAAACCCUAUGAAUGUAAGGAAUGUGGAAAGACCUUCAGUCGUGGUUAUCAUCUUAUUCUUCAUCACAGAAUUCAUACUGGUGAGAAACCUUAUGAAUGUAAGGAAUGUUGGAAGGCCUUUAGUCGUUACUCACAACUUAUUUCACACCAAAGUAUCCAUAUUGGUGUUAAACCUUAUGACUGCAAGGAAUGUGGGAAGGCUUUUAGAUUGCUCUCACAACUUACACAACAUCAGAGUAUUCAUAUUGGUGAGAAACCCUAUAAAUGUAAGGAAUGUGGGAAGGCCUUUAGAUUGCGCCAAAAACUUACUUUACAUCAGAGCAUUCAUACUGGUGAAAAACCCUUUGAGUGUAAGGAAUGUAGGAAGGCCUUUAGACUUAAUUCAUCCCUUAUUCAGCAUCUGAGAAUUCAUUCUGGUGAGAAACCUUAUGAAUGUAAGGAAUGUAAGAAGGCCUUUAGACAACAUUCACACCUUACCCAUCAUCUAAAAAUUCAUAAUAGAAUUCAAAAUGGAGAAAAGUUGUAUGAAUGUAAGGAAUGUAGGAAGACCUUUAUUCGCCGCUCAACACUUAGUCAACACCUGAGAAUUCAUACUGGUGAGAAACCUUAUAAAUGUAAGGAAUGCGGGCAGGCAUUUAGACAGCGUGCACACCUUAUCCGACAUCACAAACUUCAUACUGGUGAGAAGCCCUAUGAAUGUAAGGAAUGUGGGAAGGCCUUUACAGUGCUCCAAGAACUUACUCAACAUCAGAGGCUUCACACUGGUGAAAAGCCCUACGAAUGUAAGGAGUGUGGAAAAGCCUUCAGAGUGCAUCAGCAACUUGCUCGACAUCAGAGAAUUCACACUGGUGAGAAACCCUAUGAAUGUAAGGCAUGUGGGAAGACCUUUAGGCAGUGUACACAUCUUACUCGACAUCAGAGACUUCAUACUGCUGAGAAGCUCUAUGAGUGUAAGGAAUGUGGGAAAGCCUUUGUAUGUGGUCCAGACCUUAGAGUACAUCAGAAAAUUCAUUUUGGUGAGAAACCUUAUGAAUGUAAGGAAUGUGGAAAGGCUUUUAGAAUAUGCCAACAACUUACUGUCCAUCAGAGUAUUCAUACUGGUGAGAAACCCUAUGAAUGUAAGGAAUGUGGAAAGACUUUUAGACUAAGGCAGCAACUUGUUCGCCAUCAGAGAAUCCAUACUCGUGAGAAACCCUAUGAGUGUAUGGAAUGCUGGAAGACCUUUAGUAGUUACUCACAACUUAUUUCACAUCAGAGCAUUCAUAUUGGUGAGAGACCGUAUGAAUGUGAAGAGUGUGGGAAGGCCUUUAGAUUGCUCUCACAACUUACCCAACAUCAGAGUAUUCAUACCGGUGAGAAACCCUAUGAAUGUAAGGAAUGUAGAAAACCUUUUAGACUGCUCUCACAACUUACUCAGCAUCAGAGUAUUCAUACGGGUGAGAAACCUUAUGAAUGUAAGGAAUGUGGUAAGGCUUUUAGACUUUAUUCAUUCCUUACUCAACACCAGAGAAUUCAUACUGGGGAGAAACCCUACAAAUGUAAGGAAUGUAAGAAGGCCUUUAGACAACAUUCACACCUUACUCAACAUCAGAAAAUUCAUAAUGGAGAGAAACCCUGUGAAUGUAAGAUAUGUGGAAAGGCCUUUAAUCAGAACUCACAAUUUAUUCAACAUCAGAGAACUCAUUCUGCUGAAAAAAGCUACAAAUGUAAAGAGUGUGGGAAGUCCUUUAGUCGUGGCUCACUUGUUACUCGACAUCAGAGGAUUCAUACUGGUGAAAAACCCUAUGAAUGUAAGGAAUGUGGCAAGGCUUUUAGUUGUAGUUCAUAUUUUUCUCAACAUCAGAGGAUUCACACUGGUGAGAAACCCUAUGAAUGUAAGGAAUGUGGAAAAGCCUUUAAUUAUUGCUCAAACCUCAACGAUCAUCAGAGAAUUCACACUGGUGAGAAACCCUAUGAAUGUAAAGUAUGUGGAAAAGCCUUUACUAAGAGUUCACAGCUCUUUCCACAUCUGAGAAUUCAUACUGGUGAGAAACCUUAUGAAUGUAAAGAAUGUGGGAAAGCCUUUACUCAACACUCCAGGCUUAUUCAACAUCAGAGAAUACAUACUGGUGAGAAACCUUAUGAAUGUAAGGAAUGUGGGAAGGCCUUUAGUAGUGCCUCAACACUUACUAACCAUCACAGAAUUCAUGCAGGCAAGAAACUCUAUGAAUGUAAGGAAUGUGGAAAGGCCUUUAUUCAGAGCUCAGAACUUAUUCAACAUCAGAGAAUCCAUACAGAUGAAAAACCUUAUGAAUGUAAUGAAUGUGGGAAGGCCUUUAAUAAAGGUUCAAACCUUACUAGACAUCAAAGAAUUCACACUGGUGAGAAACCCUUUGACUGUAAGGAAUGCGGAAAGGCCUUUGGUAGUCGUUCUGACCUUAUUCGCCAUGAAGGAAUUCAUACUGGAGAGAAACCCUAUGAAUGUGGGGAUUGCGGGAAGGCCUUUAGAGUACGCCAACAACUUACUUUCCAUCAGAGAAUUCACACUGGCGAAAAACCCUAUGAAUGUAAAGAAUGUGGAAAAGCCUUUAGACAGUGUGCCCACCUUAGUCGACAUCAGAGAAUUCAUACUUCUGACAAACUCCUUGAAUGUAAAAAAUGUGGAAAGAUCUUUACAUGUGGUGCAGAUCUUCGAGUACAUCAGAGAACUCAUAUUGGUGAGAAGCCCUAUGAAUGUAAGGAAUGUGGGAAGGCCUUUAGAGUAAGAGGACAACUUAAUCUUCAUCAAAGGAUUCAUACUGGUGAGAAACCCUAUGAAUGUAAGGAAUGUGGGAAGACCUUUAGACAGUAUGCACACCUUACACGACAUCAGAGACUUAAUAUUGCUGAGAAGUGUUAUGAAUGUAAGGACUGUGGGCAGGCUUUUUUGUGUAGUACAGGCCUUAGAGUACAUCACAAACUUCAUACUGGUGAAAAACCCUAUGAAUGUAAGGAAUGUGGAAAGGCCUUCAGGGUGCGGCAACAACUCACUCUCCAUCAGAGAAUUCAUACUGGUGAGAAACCCUAUGAUUGUAAAGAAUGUGGAAAGACUUUUAGUCGUGGCUAUCAUCUCACUCUCCAUCAGAGAAUUCAUACUGGUGAGAAACCUUACGAAUGUAAGGAAUGUCGGAAGUUCUUCCGUCGUUACUCAGAACUUAUUUCACAUCAGGGUAUUCAUAUUGGAGAGAAACCCUAUGAUUGUAAGGAAUGUGGGAAGACCUUUAGACUGUUCUCACAACUUACCCAACAUCAGAGUAUUCAUUUUGGUGAGAAACCUUAUAAAUGUAAGGAAUGUGAGAAGACUUUUAGACUGCUAUCACAACUUACUCAACAUCAGAGUAUUCAUACUGGUGAGAAACCCUAUGACUGUAAGGAAUGUGGAAAGGCCUUUAGACUUCAUUCAUCACUUAUUCAACAUCAGAGAAUUCAUUCUGGUGAAAAACCAUACAAAUGUAAGGAAUGUAAAAAGGCAUUUAGACAACAUUCACAUCUUACUUACCAUCAGCGAAUUCAUAAUAAUGGUGAAAAGCCUUAUGAGUGUAUGGAAUGUGGGAAGGCCUUUGGUCGUAGUUCUGAUCUGAUUCAACAUCAGAAAAUUCAUACUAAUGAAAAACCUUAUCAGUGUAAGGCAUGUGGGAAAGCUUUUAUUCGUGGUUCACAGCUCACUGAACAUCAGAGAGUUCAUACAGGAGAGAAACCAUAUGAAUGUAAGAAAUGUGGAAAAGCCUUUAGUUAUUGUUCACAAUAUACUCUCCAUCAGAGAAUUCACAGUGGUGAAAAACCCUAUGAAUGCAAGGAAUGUGGGAAGUCCUUUAUUCUUGGCUCUCAACUUACUUACCAUCAGAGAAUUCAUAGUGGUGAGAAACCCUAUGAGUGUAAGGAAUGUGGAAAGGCCUUUAUUCUUGGUUCACACCUUACUUAUCAUCAAAGAGUUCAUACUGGUGAAAAGCCUUACAGAUGUAAAGAAUGUGGGAAGGCCUUUUUAUGUGCCUCCCAACUUAAUGAACAUCAGCGAAUCCAUACAGGUGAGAAACCCUAUGAAUGUAAAGAAUGUGGGAAGGCCUUUUUUCGUGGCUCACAACUUACUUACCAUUUGAGAGUUCAUACAGGUGAGAGACCCUAUAAAUGUAAAGAAUGUGGAAAAGCCUUUAUUUCUAAUUCUAAUCUUACUCAACAUCAGAGAAUUCAUACAGGUGAAAAACCCUACAAAUGUAAAGAAUGUGAGAAGGCCUUCAUUUGUGGCAAACAGCUUAGUGAACAUCAGAGAAUUCAUACAGGUGAGAAACCCUUUGAAUGUAAGGAGUGUGGAAAGGCUUUUAUUCGUGGUGCAUAUCUUACUCAACAUGAGAAAAUUCAUGGUGAGAAACAUUAUGAAUGUAAGGAAUGUGGGAAGACCUUUUUUCGUGCCACACAACUUACAUAUCACCAGAGAAUUCAUACAGGUGAGAAACCCUACAAAUGUAAGGAAUGUGACAAGGCUUUUAUUUAUGGCUCACAACUUAGUGAGCACCAGAGAAUUCAUAGAGGUGAAAAGCCCUAUGAAUGUAAGCAGUGUGGGAAGGCCUUUAUUCGUGGUUCACAUCUUACUGAACAUCUAAGAACUCAUUCUGGUGAGAAACCCUAUGAAUGUAAGGAAUGUGGGAAGGCCUUUAGUCGUGGCUCAGAACUUACUCUACAUCAAAGGAUCCAUACUGGUGAGAAACCUUAUGCAUGUGUCCAAUGUGGUAAAGACUUUAGACGUCAUUCACAACUUACUCAACAUAUGAGAAUACAUACUGAUGAGAAACUCCUUGAAUGUAAGGAAUGUGGGAAGGAUUUUAGUUUUGUAUCAGUCCUUAUUCGACAUCAGCGAAUUCAUACUGGUGAGAAACCUUAUGAAUGUAAAGAAUGUGGCAAGGCCUUUGGUAGUGGUGCAAACCUUGCUUACCAUCAAAGAAUUCAUACUGGUGAGAAACCUUAUGAAUGUAGUGAAUGUGGAAAGGCCUUUGGUAGUGGCUCAAACCUUACCCAUCAUCAGAGAAUUCAUACUGGUGAGAAACCAUAUGAAUGUAAAGAAUGCGGGAAAGCCUUUAGUUUUGGAUCAGGCCUAAUUCGACAUCAGAUAAUUCACAGUGGUGAAAAGCCCUAUGAGUGUAAGGAAUGUGGGAAGUCCUUUAGUUUUGAAUCAGCCCUUACUCGGCAUCACAGAAUUCACACAGGUGAGAAACCUUAUGAAUGUAAGGAUUGUGGAAAGGCCUUUGGCAGUGGUUCAAACCUUACUCAACAUCGAAGGAUUCAUACUGGUGAGAAACCUUAUGAAUGUAAAGCAUGUGGAAUGGCCUUUAGUAGUGGUUCAGCCCUUACUCGGCAUCAGAGAAUUCAUACUGGUGAAAAACCGUAUAUAUGUAAUGAAUGUGGGAAGGCUUUUAGUUUUGGAUCAGCCCUUACUCGACAUCAAAGAAUUCACACUGGUGAGAAGCCUUAUGUAUGUAAGGAAUGUGGGAAGGCUUUUAAUAGUGGCUCAGAUCUCACUCAACAUCAAAGAAUUCACACUGGUGAGAAACCCUAUGAGUGUAAGGAAUGUGAGAAGGCCUUUAGAAGUGGUUCAAAACUUAUCCAGCAUCAAAGAAUGCACACUGGUGAGAAGCCCUAUGAGUGUAAGGAAUGUGGGAAAGCCUUUAGUAGUGGUUCAGACCUUACUCAACAUCAGAGAAUUCAUACUGGUGAGAAACCUUAUGAAUGUAAAGAAUGUGGCAAGGCCUUUGGUAGUGGCUCAAAACUUAUCCAACACCAGCUAAUUCACACUGGUGAAAAACCCUAUGAAUGUAAAGAAUGUGGAAAGUCCUUCAGUAGUGGUUCAGCUCUCAAUCGGCACCAGAGAAUACACACUGGUGAAAAACCUUAUGAAUGUAAGAAAUGUGGGAAGAAUUUUGGUACUGGCUCAAGCCUUACUCAACAUCAGAAAAUUCAUACUGGUGAGAAACUUUAUGAAUGUAAGGAAUGUGGAAAGGCUUUUGGGAGAGGUGCAGAGAUUCAGCAACAUAAAAAAUCCUUUAUUCGCCAUCAGAGAAUUCACACUGGUGAAAAACCCUAUGAGUGUAAUGAAUGUGGAAAGGCUUUUAGUACAAGUUCAAUAUUUAGAGUACAUCAAAGGAUUCACACAGGUGAGAAACCCAAUGAAUGUAAAAAAUGUGGAAAAGCCUUUCGUCAUUCCUCAUACCUUACUCAACACCAAAGAAUUCAUACUGGUGAGAAACCUUACAAAUGUAAGUAUUGUGUUAGGGCAUUUAGUAAUGUUUCAGCCUUUAUUCGGCAUCAGAGGAUUCAUACCGGUGAGAAACCCUACAAAUGUAAGGAAUGUGGAAGAGCUUUUAGUACUGGCUCAAUACUUACAGCACAUCAGAGAAUUCACUCAGGUGAGAAACCAUAUUUAUGUAAGGAAUGUGGAAAAGCCUUUCGUCAGUCUUCAGAUCUUACUCAACAUCAGAGGAUUCAUACUGGUGAGAAACCCUACAAAUGUAAGGAAUGUGGAAGGGCCUUUCGUCGUUCAUCAGAACUUUCUCGACACAAGUUAAUUCAUGCUGAUGAGAAACUAUAUGAAUGUAAAGAAUGUGGAAAGAUCUUGAGUAGAAACUCAAUACUUAUACAACAUCAGAAAAUUCACACAGGUGAGAAAGCCUGGGAAUGUAAUGAAUGUGGGAAAGUUUUUACUUGUGCAACAUACCUGGCCCGGCAUCAGCGAAUCCAUACUGGUGAUAAACCAUAUACUUGUAACAAAUGUGGGAAAGCUUUUCUUCGUUCUUCAGACCUUAUUCUGCAUCAAAGGAUUCAUACUGGUGAGAAACCCUAUGAGUGUAAGAAAUGUGGGAAGGCUUUUGCAAGGGGUUCAAAUCUUAAUCGCCAUCAAAAAGUUCAUAAUAGUAAGAAAUAAAUUAAUUUUCCUGAGAAAUCCUAUGAAUGUGAAGCAUGCAGAAAAUACUUUAUCCAUGGCUUUCAACUGACUGAACAUCAGAAAGCUCAUUCUGAUGAAAAAUUCUAUGAAUGUAAAGAAUGUGGAAAGGCCUUUAUUCGGGGUUCAGAACUUACUUACCAUCAGAGAGUUCAUGUUGUUAAGAAACCCUAUGAAUGUAAGGAAUGUGGAAAAGCCUUUAUUUGUGCCUCACAGCUUACUUAUCAUCAAAGAAUUCAUACUGGGGAGAAACCUUAUAAAUGUAAAGAGUGUGGGAAGGCCUUUAUUCGUGGCUCUCACCUUACCCAGCAUCAAAGAAUUCAUACUGGUGAACGACCCUAUGAAUGUAAUGAAUGUGGUAAGGCCUUUUUUCGUGGCUCUCAACUUACUUACCACCAGAGAGUUCAUACUGCAGAGAAACCCUAUCAAUGUAAAGAAUGUGGAAAGGCCUUUAUUCGUGGCUCCCAACUUACUGAACAUCAGAGAAUUCAUACGGGUGAGAAACCCUAUGAAUGUAAGAAAUGUGGGAAAGCCUUUAGUUAUGGAUCACAGCUUACCCUGCAUCACAGACUUCAUACUGGUGAAAAGCCCUAUAAAUGUAAAGACUGUGAAAUGUCCUUUAUUCGUGGCUCACAACUUACCGAACAUCAGAGGAUUCAUACAGGUAAGAAACCACAUGAAUGUAAGCAGUGUGGGAGGGCUUUUAACUAUGGCUCACAGCUUAUUCGACACCAGAGGAUUCACACUGGAGAGAAACCCUAUGAAUGUCAAGAAUGUGGGAAGUCAUUUAUUCGUGGCUCACAACUUACUGAACAUCAAAAAAUUCACACUGGUGAAAAACCUUUUGAAUGUAAGGAAUGUGGGAAAGCCUUUAUUCGUGGCUCACAUCUUACUCAGCAUCAGAGGAUUCAUACUGGUGAAAAACCCUAUGAAUGUAAAGAGUGUGGGAAGGCCUUUAUUUAUAGCUCACAACUGACUCAGCAUCAGAGAAUUCAUACAGGUGAGAAUCCCUAUGAAUGUAAGCAGUGUGGGAAGAUCUUUAUUUGUGCCUCACAACUUACUCUACAUCAGAUUUCUCAUUCUGGUAAGAAGCCAUAUGAAUGUAAAGAAUGUGGUAAGGCUUUUAUUCGUGGCUCACAGCUGACUUACCAUCAGAGAGUUCAUACUGGUGAGAAGCCCUAUGAGUGUAAUGAAUGUGGGAAAGCCUUUAUUCGUGGUUCACAUCUUACUCAGCACCAGAGAAUUCAUACUGGUGAGAAACCAUACAAAUGUAAUGAAUGUGGGAAGGCCUUUAAUCGUGGCUCACAACUUACUCAACAUCAGAGAAUUCAUUCUGGUGAGAAGCCUUAUAAAUGUAACGAAUGUGGUAAGGACUUCAGACGUCAUUCACACCUCACUCAACAUCAUAAACUUCAAAUCAAGGAGAAACCCUAUAAAUGUAAGGAAUGUGGGAAGGCCUUUAGACGAGCCUCACACCUAACUCAACAUCAUAGUAUUCAUACUGGUGAAAAACCCUAUGAAUGCAAGCAGUGUGGGAAGGCCUUUAGUCGUGAUUCACAGCUUAUUCUUCAUCAGAGACUUCAUACUGGUGAGAAGCCCUAUGCCUGCAAGGAAUGCGGGAAGGCCUUUACUCAGAGCUCACAACUUAUUUUACAUCAUAGAAUUCAUACUGGUGAAAAACCGUAUAAAUGUGAAGAAUGUGGGAAAGCCUUUAUUCGUAGCUCACAACUCACCCGACAUCAAAAAGUCCACACUGGUGAGAAACCUUAUGAAUGUAAAGAAUGUGGGAAGGCCUUUACUCAGAACUCACAACUUACUCUGCACCAGAGACUUCAUACUGGUGAGAAACUUUAUGAAUGUAAAGAAUGUAGAAAGGUCUUUACUCAGCUCUCACAACUUAUUCUGCAUAAGAGAAUUCACACUGGUGAAAAACCCUACGAAUGUAAGGAAUGUGGGAAAGCUUUUAUUUGUGGCUCACAGCUUUCUCAACAUCAGAAAAUUCAUAAUGGGGAAAAGCCAUAUGAAUGUAAGGAAUGUGGAAAGGCCUUUAUUCGUGGCUCGUUACUUAUGCAACAUCAGAGGAUACAUACUGGUGAAAAACCCUAUAAAUGUGAAGAAUGUGGAAAAGCCUUUAUCCGUGGCUCACAACUUACUCAACACCAGAGAAUUCAUACCAAUGAGAAGCCCUAUGAAUGUAAAGAAUGUGGAAAGACCUUUAGUCAUGGCUCACAACUUACUCAACAUCAGAGGAUUCAUACUGGUGAGAAACCCUAUCAGUGUAAGGAAUGUGGAAAGGCUUUUAAUCGUGGCUCACUCCUUACCCGACAUCAGAGGAUUCAUACUGGUGAAAAACCCUAUGAAUGUAAAGAAUGUGGAAAGACUUUUAGUCGCGGCUCAGAACUUACUCAACAUGAAAGGAUUCAUACUGGUGAGAAACCAUACGAAUGUAAGGAAUGUGGGAAGUCUUUUAUUCGUGGCUCACAGCUUACUCAACAUCAGAGAAUUCAUACUGGUGAGAAACCGUAUGAAUGUAAAGAAUGUAGAAUGGCAUUCACUCAGAGUUCACAUCUUUCUCAACAUCAGAGACUUCAUACUGGUGAGAAACCCUAUGUAUGUAAUGAAUGUGGGAAGGCCUUUGCCCGUGGUUUACUACUUAUACAGCAUCAGAGAAUUCAUACAGGUGAGAAACCAUAUCAGUGUAAGGAAUGUGGGAAGGCCUUUAUUCGUGGUUCACAACUUACUCAACAUCAGCGAAUUCACACUGGAGAAAAGCCCUAUGAAUGCAAGGAAUGUGGGAAGGCCUUUAGUCAUGGCUCUCAACUUACUCUACAUCAGAGAAUUCAUACUGGAGAGAAGCCCUAUGAAUGCAAAGAAUGCAGAAAAGCAUUUACUCAGAGCUCACAUCUUUCUCGACAUCAAAGAAUCCAUACUGGUGAGAAACCAUAUCAAUGUAAGGAAUGUGGGAAGGCCUUUACUCGAUUCAGUCAAACUUUGGACCUCAUCAGACACCUCAGAAUUCAUACUGGAGAGAAACCCUAUGAAUGUAAAAACUGUAGAAAAGCCUUCAGCCACAAGGAAAAACUCAUUAAACAUCAUAAAACUCAUAGUAGGGAGCAGUCUUAUGAAUGUAAUGAAUGUGGGAAAGCUUUCAUUAAAAUGUCAAAUCUCAUUAGGCAUCAAAGAAUUCAUACUGGGGAGAAACCCUAUGCAUGUAAGGAAUGUGGGAAAUCCUUCAGCCAGAAAUCCAAUCUCAUUGAUCAUGAAAAAAUUCAUACUGGAGAGAAACCUUAUGAAUGUAAUGAGUGUGGGAAAGCAUUCAGUCAGAAGCAAAGCCUCACUGCACAUCAGAAAGUUCAUACUGGGGAGAAACCUUAUGCAUGUAAUGAAUGUGGUAAAGCCUUCCCUCGAAUUGCAUCCCUUGCUCUUCACAUGAGAAGUCAUACAGGAGAAAAACCUUAUAAAUGUGAUAAAUGUGGAAAAGCUUUCUCUCAAUUUUCCAUGCUUAUUAUACAUGUAAGAAUUCAUACGGGUGAGAAACCCUAUGAAUGUAAUGAAUGUGGAAAAUCCUUCUCUCAAAGUUCAGCCCUUACUGUACAUAUGAGAAGUCAUACUGGUGAAAAACCUUAUGAGUGUAAGGAAUGUAGAAAAGCCUUCAGCCACAAGAAAAACUUCAUUACACACCAGAAGAUUCAUACUAGAGAGAAACCUUAUGAAUGUAAUGAAUGUGGGAAAGCUUUCAUUCAAAUGUCAAAUCUCGUUAGACACCAGAGAAUUCACACUGGAGAAAAACCGUACAUAUGUAAGGAAUGUGGCAAAGCCUUUAGCCAGAAAUCAAAUCUCAUUGCACAUGAAAAAAUUCAUUCUGGAGAGAAACCCUAUGAAUGUAAUGAAUGUGGUAAAGCCUUCAGCCAAAAGCAAAACUUUAUUACACAUCAGAAAGUUCACACUGGAGAGAAACCUUAUGACUGUAAUGAAUGUGGUAAAGCCUUUUCUCAAAUUGCAUCCCUUACUCUUCAUCUGAGAAGCCAUACAGGUGAGAAACCCUAUGAAUGUAAUAAAUGUGGAAAAGCCUUCUCCCAAAGCUCAUCCCUUACUAUACAUAUACGAGGUCAUACAGGUGAGAAGCCCUUUGACUGUAGUAAAUGUGGAAAAGCCUUCUCUCAAAUCUCAUCUCUUACACUUCAUAUGAGAAAACAUACAGGUGAGAAGCCUUAUCAUUGUUAUGAGUGUGGUAAGGCUUUCAGCCAAAAGUCACACCUUGUUAGACACCAGAGAAUUCAUACUCAGUAG